CUUUUCAAUACUUUCCAAUAAAUUAGCUAGUUUAACAUUAGCUUCGCAGCAAUAGUUUAGCUGAACUUCACGCAAAAUGAUUUGGGCCACCAUACUGUUAGAGUGUUUAAUAAUUUUGAGUACCUGCCAAAAGGUAAAGCCUGAUAUUGAUAUAAAAUGGUUCAAUUGUUCGACGGACAAUAAAGCAUUUUCGAGGUUUGAAGUGUGUUCCCUGAACUCGUACAGGAAAAAUCAACAGUCAUUUUCGUAUUACGUCAAAAUGAUGAAGACCGUUACACACUGUGACACAAGGGUGGAGGUUAUCUACUUGAGUGCUCCCAAACCCUUUACAUUAGCCAAUAUCUCCUUUGAUGCCUGUGAGUUAUUAAAAGGUCGCAAGCGAUUUGUGGCCGCCAGGCGUUUGUUCGAUAUAAUUGGAAAGUAUACUAACUUCAAUCACACCUGUCCCUAUGCGCAUGAUGUUUUUGCAACCAACAUUACUCUGGUUACCGAUAAACUUCCAUUUCCCACGCCACAUGGAACAUAUUCCGUCAAAAUUUCUUUCUAUGUCAAUGGCCGAACGAAUACCAUAGUGCUUGGACUUGGUGGACGUAUUUUUUAAUCUCAACUUGUGUAUGAUGGACAA